CAACCAAUUCUGCGUAAUGUGGAGCAAUGUCAUUACCGUCAUCUGCAGCUGAAAUUGCAUCAAAGCCUGGAGCCGAAAAAAUCUCGCAACAAGGCAAACGAGGAGGAAGCUUUCAUAAUCCCCAGCAGCCAUCACAACAACAACCGAUUACGCUAAUUCUGCCCACGAGCGGAAAGUUAUUCUACGAAAAGAAGCAGGACUUUGUCCUGUGCAAACCGCAGCUUCUUCCGCUGAAGUCGUUCAGCCUGGAGAAGCUGGAAAAGAUGCAAAAGGAAGCCCACCGGCAGCUACAGGAGACCAGAGCCCGAACUGCCGCUUCCGCCGCCGCUGUAGACAGAUUUUAAAGAAACUAAACUAGU